GGCCGGGCACUGUGGCUCUCCGUGAAAUCCGCCGUUACCAGAAGAGCACUGAGCUGCUCAUCAGGAAGUUGCCCUUCCAACGUUUGGUGCGCGAGAUUGCUCAGGAUUUCAAGACUGAUCUCCGUUUCCAGUCCUCUGCUGUCAUGGCUCUGCAGGAGGCCUCCGAGGCUUACCUUGUCGGUCUAUUUGAGGACACAAACCUUUGCGCUAUCCACGCCAAGCGCGUCACUAUCAUGCCAAAGGACAUCCAGCUUGCCCGCCGCAUCCGAGGCGAGCGUGCCUAA